CUGUCAAUCACAAAAGUUCAUUUGAAUCAUUUCUAUAAACAAUACUGUGUGAAAGUUGUGCAAUAGCUUUUCGUAAUUCGUAAUACAAUAAUUAUUUAUAUUACUAUGAAGAGCUUUCAGUGUUUUGUGUUUGUGCUUGCGGUGGUCUUCAGUUUGGCUGGAGCUUUUCCAAAAGGAAAAACAUCAACCGAAACCUUAGAUGAAGAAACUGUUAUUGUUCCACUUGAAGCACAACGUGAAGGUAACAGUGAGCCAAACACCCACAUAAUUAUUGGGGGAUUUGGACCCCCAUUAACUUUGGCGUCCACUUGUUGGGGAUUUGGACCACAAUACCACUUACCUCUGUCUAUUUUUGCAGAAGGAAAAACAUCAACCGAAACCUUAGAUGAAGAAACUGUUAUUGUUCCACUUGAAGCACAACGUGAAGGUAACAGUGAGCCAAACACCCACAUAAUUAUUGGAGGAUUUGGACCCCCAUUAAACUUUGGCGCUCCACUUGUUGGAGGAUUUGGACCACAAUUUGGAGAAAUAUCUCCUUUCGUCGGAAUACCACCUCAUGAGCCACCAUUCUUAGCCGGUGUACCUCAGCCAGCACCAUCAGUAUUUGCUGGUCUAAAUCCCUUUGGAAAUGGGGGCGGAUUCCUGGGAGGGUUGGAAUCAGGAUUAGCACUCAUGCGACGUCAGUUGUCGACAAUACUCAACCAUGUUCCUGGUGUUGGAAAUCCAGCUCAGGGUGAUGGUAAUACGACAUCGUCAACGAAGGUUAUUGAUGGUCAUCGUAUCACAAUAAACGAAACCGUAUAUAGCAAUGGUUAUGAUGGAUCCGUAUUCAAAGUACGAGUAGUUGACGUUCAUCCAGAGAAACCUGACCAUAAGCCAUCUGAAGAGGAAGAUGGUGCAGAAGUCACCACAACCAAUCCUAAAUUGCAGACCGAGAAAAUGGGCAAAAUCGACAGCGUCGAGGUUACUACUGAAACUGAAAGAACUGAAACUAUCAAUGAUAGUGGUAUUGAAUUGUCAGAAAAUAGUGCUACAGAAAUAUCAACCAAAGAAAAUACUAGUGAAUCUGGUGAAAAACUGAGCAAUGACAUCAACGAAAAAAGCGAAGAGGUUUCAGGAAAUAAUGCAAGCGAAGACUUCCAAGAAAAUGUUUCGGAUGACAAGAGCGAAAAUUUUGACAGGAGCACCGAAAGCCUUGAUGUGUCUCAAUCUCAACCCAUACAACCAGCCUAUCCAGAAGAAGUUUAUGACUACGGCCAAGAAAUCCUCUCAGUGCCUUCUCCAGAUGAAUGGAAUAAUGCCAACUACCAAUAUGAAGAUUUACUGGAUACAAAUGAAAUUCAACAUGCAGAUAAUGAUUUAUCUAACGAUAUUGCCAUUAAUGAUAUCGCAGCAGCCGCUGGUGUCACAGCUGAUCCACAAUCGGAGUUGAUAGAUGUUUUUCAAGGAGAUAAAUUUGCUGAUGAAAUUGCUGAAGUGGAAACAAACGAGAGGAAGUUUAGGAGUCUUAAUUUGAAACCAAUAAAAUAA